CUGGAAACACACCCAAUCAGUGAGGUCAUCUGUCCAGCCUAUAAAGUUCAGAAGAACUCCAAAUGUUUAUUAUCAGAAUCCAGAGGAACUCACCUGUAGGAUCCAACUGAACAUCACCAUGAAGCUGAUUGUUUCCCUAACGUUUAUCUGGGCACUGUACAGUACAGCUGGAGCCCUGACGUGUAUGACCUGCACAGACCAGACGUGUUCAAGCACAAUACCACUAACAUGUAGCUCAGAGACGAUGUGUAUAACAGCUACCAUCCGAGCUACUCAAUCUGGAACUUCAGUAACACAGCUCUACAAAGCCUGUGCAGCGUCCUCUCUGUGUCCGGCUACAGGCACCUCGACUUUUUCAGUCAACUUGGGAACCCAAAGUGCAAUUGCAUCUGCUCAGUGCUGCAACACAGACACCUGCAAUUCACAGACUCUGCCUGCCCCCAGUCCUCAGCCCACUAGCUCCCUUCAAUGCAUUGCUUGUAACCCCACAACAUCUCAGUGCAUCACUCCAAUAACCUGUUCAGGAGAUGAGACCAACUGCUUCUCAGCAACUUUGAACAAUGGAAAAAACACAAUUCCUGCAAUGGGUUGUGCAUCAACAAACACCUGUACAGCUGCUGCAGGUCUGGGAAGUUUGCCGUUCAUGCAGAGUGUUGGUUCAAUCACCAGUGGACCAACCUGCUGUGCUACCGGUCUGUGCAAUAAUCCAAGUGCAACAACAACCACAGUUGCACCAACUACUACAACCACUACCCCAGCACCAACUACUACACACCAACUACUACAACCACUACCCCAGCACCAACUGAUUCAACAACUACCCCAGCACCAACUACUACACACCAACUACUACAACCACUACUGCAGCAGCAACUACUACAACCACUACCUCAGCACCAACUGCUUCAACUGCUACCCCAGCACCAACUACUACAGUCACUACCCCAGCACCAACUUCUACAACCACUACUCUAGCACCAACUACUACAACCACUACUCUAGCACCAACUACUUCAACAACUACCUCAGUACCAACUACUACAACAACUACCCCAGCACCAACGACUACAACCACUACCCCAGCACUAACUACUUCAACCACUACCCCAUACCAACUACUAAAACAACUACACCAGCACCAACGACUACAACCACUACCCUACACUAA